AUGUUGAAUCACUUAGAAGGCCACAUAAAAACAGCAAUUAAAACACCACUUUUUAAACGGUAUGAUAGUAAUCAAUCAAGACAAAUUUUACAAAAAAUAAGUUUUCUAGAUCCAAGAUACAGAAGUCAUUACAUUGAAUCACCUCAAAAAGAUUUAAUUAUAAGUUUAAUUAAACAAGAAAUGGACGACAUUGGACACCAAGCAGAAGUUGAUGAGCACUACAAAAACACAAACACUAGUGGAUUGGCUGCAUUUUUGGGAAACCUUUCAAGUAAACAUGUUGAAACAAAUACAAUACAAGAUUUGAAUCAAAUAGAACUUGAAAAAUAUUUAUCAUUGCCAAGUGUUGGUUUAAAUUGUAAUCCCUUACAAUAG